AUGGCUUUGGCUGAAGCAUCACUAGACCAACUUUCCUCGUUAUUGGAAUGCACUAUUUGCUUAGACACAUAUCAUCAUCCAAAGCAUCUUAAAUGUGGGCAUACGUAUUGCCAACAUUGUUUAGAUGACCUUGCUACUUUUAAAGAAGACGGAAGUGCUGAAAUACCGUGUCCAUUUAAAUGCUCCACAAAAACAAGACUUGGUCCACACGAGACAGUAUCAACGUUAAAUACUGCUUAUGUGGUGAAUAACAUUGUGAAUACGCUGUCCAAUGUUAAAGAAAGUAAUCCAAAAUGUCAGCAAAGCAAGAAAUGUAAGCGAAUUGUCAGCUGCUCUUGUGCAACGUGCGGUGCAAAGAUUUGUGAAAAAUGUCAAAACAUACAUUCUUGCAUCAACAAAUCAUUUAUCAAUGUCACCUUUAAUGAUAAAUUACAACCACUGUGUAAGGAACAUAAUUCCCCUGGAAGAUAUGUCUGUAUUGACUGUCACAAUAAGUUUACAUGCGUAUAUUGUAAAAACAGAAGCCAUAAGAAUCACGAAAUGAAAUCGAUUGCUGAGUUUGGUGAGGAAGCAAGAAAGUGGUUUCAGUGUUUCAUAGGAUCGUUUGAGGAAACAAAAUUGGUAUUGGAAAAAUUAACAAAAGAAUAUCAUGAGUCGUUAAAAAGUUUCAAAUGUAGCAGAGAAGCAUUUGUUCUUGAAUUAAAAAUCAGGAAGUUAAAAAGAAUAGAAGAUUAUCUGAAAAAACUAAACACGGAAGAAGAAAAUCUGCUGCUAAGUUUUGAUCAAAAGAUGAAAGAAUUUGAAUCAAAAAUAUUUUCAAGUGGACUCACCAACAAUACUAGAAUGCAGGAAUUUUCGAAGUACAUGGAAGAAUUCAAUUCAAAAUGCGACUUUGAAUUAGUCGCCGAGAAGUUGGAAAUUAAAAGAAAACUUUGCAUCUAUCUUCCUUACCAAGAGUUAUCCCCAGUUAUAAUAUGCAUCUUAAACACUAUAAUGAACAAGAUGGCUUGACAAAUCCGUUGGGAGAAAUGAAAAUCUCUGUCGAUGAUGUCAACGCUGUAGACCAUAACAAAUGUUCUGUUUACAAAAGUACGAUGGAUAAAACUGAAAAAAUGCCUAGCUAUGCACAAUUAGAAAAUAAUUUGGAAAGC